AUGGCGGUGGGCAUCGUUGGGGCGGGGCUGACUGGCUUGUUGGCUGCACACGGCCUGAAAAAGAAUGGCUUUGAAGUUACGGUUUUCGACAGUGAGUCCAGUCUAGAUGCUCGCGGUCGCGACUGGACCAUCUUAUUGCAUUGGGCAAUGCCGCUGUUCGAAAAGUUACUCCCAGAAGAGGUGAUAAACAACUUAUCAGAGGCCAUUUGCAAUCCGUAUCUCGAUUUCAACCCGAAAGUUGAAUGUUUGCCAUGUUACAAUGGUAUCACGGGAGAAUUACUCUUCAAAAGCCCGCUUCCAGGCUCUAGACGAGUAUCUCGUAAACGGCUGCGGGAAGUGCUUUCACAGGGCCUCGAUAUCAGAUGGGGGAAAAAGCUUGACACAAUUUCAUUCCCACACGACGAGAACCAGUCGGAUGACAGCCUGAAAGACUUAAAGGUGCAACUUGCCUUUGCCGACGGCCAUACUGAGCAAGUAGACUAUGUCCUCGGUACGGAUGGCGCCUCGUCCGGGGUGCGACAGCUGCUCCUGGGUGAAAAGGCUGCCCAGCCCCAGCUUUCAGGAUUUAUGUUUGCAACUGGCAUCACAAAGUACCAGGACGCAAGGAAGGUCCAGUCUGUAGUCAAUGCACACCCCGUUGCGGCCAUUACACUAGGCAUGGAUACUGUUGCAGGAUGUGGGGUCAUGUACGUCCAAGAUAAAGAAGAUAUGGCCACUUGGACGACAUUUUGGACCAAGAUUUGGCGCGAGAGCAUGGCCAAUCUCCCACAAAGGGAGGAUACCGUCGAAUACAUUAAAGAGACCACCAAGGGCUUGUGUGAGCCAUUCCAGACGCUGAUUGACUCAACUCCGGCAGAUAGCGAGUGCUAUAUUGAUGAGAUGAAAUAUUGGGUCCCUGUGCCGUUUGAUAAUCAUGCUGGAAGAGUAACGCUCGCGGGUGACGCAGCUCACCCGAUGUUAAUCUUCCGUGGCCAAGGGUUUCAGCACGCGAUUACAGAUGCAAGCAAUUAUGUCGACGCUCUCCUCAGGAUAAAAAAUUCAGCGAGGGAGACGGGAAUAGAGAGACUAGACACAAUGACCGGAUAUGAUACCGAGAUGAUUGAGCGGACAUCCAAGGCGGUUAAACAGUCUCUCCAGGAAGCAGAAUUUUCAAUGAACCUCGAAACGGUAAGUAAGAUGCUCAUGGCUCAGAAAGGUCACGGCAAAUCCGCCUAG